UAAGAAGUCAAUCGAAGUUGUCGAAAUUUUAAAUUUUUCUCUAUGAUCUGUACACGCCGAUAACUAACAUGAAAUAAUAACAAUAAAUUAUUUGAAUUGCACUGUGUUUGGGUUUUCGUGAUGAGAUUGUAAAUUUAAAUUAUCGUAAUGAAAUUGAAUGUUGUAUUCUUACAUCCGGAUCUGGGCAUUGGUGGAGCCGAACGGUUGGUGGUCGAUGCAGCUGUAGCGAUGAAAGAAUCUGGCCACUCUGUGCAGUUCAUCACUAACCAUCACAAUAGUUCUCACUGUUUUGAAGAGACCAAAGACGGCACAUUACCAGUGAUGGUCGUAGGCAAUUGGCUGCCGAGGACUGUGUUGGGCAAGUGUUAUGCACUGUGCAGUUAUGUGCGCAUGAUAUAUGCUGCUGUGUACUUGACCUUUUUCAGUUCGUUUAAUCCGGAUGUGGUGUUUGUUGACCAGAUAUCAGUCUGCAUACCAAUAUUGAAUUAUAUGACGUGUAAAAUCAUAUUCUAUUGUCAUUACCCAGAUCAGUUGUUGGCCGCUCAUGAUAAUACUCUAAAACGUUAUUAUCGAUUACCGUUGGAUUGGUUGGAAGAGAAAACUACUGCGUGCGCCGAUUCCAUUCUAGUAAAUAGUUAUUUUACAUUGAGUGUGUUUAAAAAUACUUUUAGAAGUAUUGAAAAACUACCAGAAGUUGUUUACCCUUCUAUAAAUACUGCUAUUUUUGACAAUACCAAAAGUGUUAAUUUGGACAACAUAAUAGAAGUAGAAAGUGGUAAAUUCAUCUUAUCAAUAAAUAGAUUUGAGAGAAAAAAAAAUCUAGAAUUAGCUAUUCAUAGUUUAAGUUUGUUAACUGAAAAAAAUAUAAAACUCGUAUUAGCGGGAGGCUAUGAUCCUUUUAAUUUGGAGAAUAUAGAAUAUUUUCAAGAACUUGUUAAACUUGUUCAAGACAUGAAUCUUAGUAAUCGUAUCAUAUUUUUGAAGUCACCUUCAGAUACAGUAAAAAUAUCACUUCUUAGACAGUGUUCAUGCUUGGUGUAUACUCCAUCCAAUGAACAUUUUGGUAUUGUACCAUUAGAAGCUAUGUACUGUAGUAAACCAGUUGUAGCUGUAAAUAAUGGAGGACCAAAAGAGACAAUUGAAAAUGAUUACAAUGGAUUCUUACAAAAUGCAAAACCAAAAAACUUUGCCAAUGCAAUAAAACUGAUUGUAGAAAAUGAGGAAAAAGCAGAGUUAUUUGGAAAACGUGGUAAAAAAAGAUUUGAUGAUAUUUUUUCAUUUGGAGCUUUUAAAAAUAAAAUAAAUAGUGUCUUAGAAAACAUAAAAAAAUCUGAAUAAAUUUGUUAUGUGGCUAUUUAAUUGAUGAUACUUAUUUAAGAUUUAAACUUUUCUUAAUUUAUAUUAUCAAUUAUUAUUUAUUUAAUAUUGUAUAUUUUUUUGGGACCAAAAAUCAUCUGUGAACCUAAUUUAAAAUACGAUUAUAAUUGGUUCUUCAUAUUAUAUAAGUAUCAUGUACAAUUAGGAGAGUAUGUAAU